AACUGUCAGUGUUCAUGACGGGCGUGGCUGCGUGCGGGCGCUGCGGGGUGGAGGCUGAGGCUCGUGCGCAUGCGCAGCUUUUCAGGUGGCUCUGGGAUUUGAAAAAGGGAAUUGCGUGCAGAGUGAAGGGCUCCAGGUGAGGUGGCCACGCCCCUUUCUCCACCUGCAGGCAGCAGAGCAGAGCAGGCUGCAGUCCUGCUGGCUCUUCUCACCACUCUGUGCUGAAGAAAGGACCAGAAACACACGACUGUCAGGACCUGCGGGCAGCCUCGUGUUGGGUUUCUCUGCGUCUCCCUGCUGAAGCACCAUGAUGGCGGAGGCGGCAGGCCCAGCCCCGGAGCUCUUCUCGGAGCAGGAGUUGACCUGCUCCAUCUGUCUGGACCUGUUCAGCAACCCCGUCUCCACUCCCUGCGGACACAACUUCUGCCAGGCAUGCAUUGGAGGCUACUGGGCCUCCAGCCCCGUGUGCAGCUGUCCGCUCUGCAAGAGGGAGUUCAGCGAGCGACCGCAGCUCAGCAUCAACAGAGUCUUCUCCCUCAUCGCUGACAAAUACAAGCUGGCCCGUUACGGCGCUGCAGGGUUACCUGUGGCGUCGGGGUUUGUGGCGGAGACGUUAUCCCCAACGGCAAACCCCUUCAGGGCCAACGGCAACCCGUUUGUUCCGGCGGCGGCGGCGGCUGCGGACGAGGAGAUGGUGAUGUGCGACGUGUGCACGGGCAUCAAGCAGCCUGCCACCAGCUCCUGCCUCACGUGCACGGCCUCGUACUGUGAGGCGCACGUGCAGCCACACCGGACGACGCCCUUUUAUGCCAAACACCAGCUGCUGGACCCCCGAGAAGCACUGAGGGGACGCACCUGCUCGGUACACCGCCGCCUGCAGGAGGUGUACUGUCGGACAUGCCAGCGCUGCAUCUGUGCCAUCUGCGUCCUGGAGGAACAUCGCACACACAAGACUGUCUCUGUCCAGACCGAGAGGCUCAGCAAACAGAAACUGGUGGCGAAGACGGAGCUGGACAUCCUGAAUCGGAUCGAGGGCAAGAGCAUUUGUCUGAUCAAGCUGAAGGAGAGACUGGCGGGCAUCAAGAACUAUGCGGACAGGGAGCAAGGCGAGGUGGAACAUGCCCUAGAUGAAGUGUCUCACUCACUGGACAGGAUCCGCUCUGAGCUGGUCGGUGGGAUCCAGGACAAGCGGGACGCAGUGAUGACGAAGGGGGAGGGGACAGUGAGUCGUCUGGAGGCGGAGCUAAGCCAGCUGAAGGAAAAGAGGGCUUCGCUGGAGGCCCAGGCCACCAGCCAGGACCACAUUGGCUUCCUGCAGAGCUUCGAGGAGGCCACCGUUCCUCUGGCUGCAGACACCGACCAGGAGGAGGUGGACGAGGCCUUGGAGCUCUCACUCCACUUCCAGCUGGGCGAGGUGAAAAGCUCGCUGGCCGAGGCGAAGGACAAGCUGGACGAGAUCAGGAUGGGAGAGGUUCGCUCCCGAGGAUCCCGCGGCUCCAUUUCAUCGAGUGAAGGCAUGCUGAGCGAGAGCACACUCAGUUUGAGGAGAAGCAACGCCAACCUGAAGAAGAGCCAGUGGUCUCUGAGAGAUCUCAAGAAGAUCAAACCUGGCUCAGGCCUAAAGAAGAUACAACCCUACAUAGAGGACGUGACGCUGAACCCCGUGACGGCGUACCCCUUCCUCAUCCUCUCGGAUGACAGGAAGCAGGUGAAGAGAGGCGAGAAGCUCCAGUUCUACAGGAACAGCCAGCACCGCUUCGACGUCUGGUCCUGCGUCGUCGCCAAGGAGGGCUACAACUCGGGACGCCACUACUGGGAGGUGUGUGUGGGCGAGAACAAGGACUGGAAGCUGGGCGUCGUCCGCGAGUCGGCCCAGAGGAAAGGCCUCUUCGACAUGAGUCCCUCCAACGGCUACUACGCCCUCUGGUGGAGCGGAGGCCACCUGCGUGCGCUCACUGACCCGCCCCUCACCAAGGUGAAGACGCCUCCGAAGCUGCGGAUGGUCGGCAUCUUCCUGGACGUGGAGGAGGGCCACGUCUCCUUCUACAACGUGAAGACGGGCUCGGAGAUCUACAGCUUCACGGGGCCCGAGUUCAACGAGAGGAUGCUCCCCCUGCUGGGCACCGGGGACAAGGAGGUCCCCCUCAUCCUGCUCACCACAAACUUCCCCGGCCUGCACGAAUAACACGGCCCAACGAUGAAGAAGGGAGAGGGAGGGACGAAACAGAGGGCUUGAGGUGACACAACAAAACCCGUCUGGCGGCCAUAUUGGAGGUCUGACCAUCACUGACUUGUUCACACACUAGCUGAUGUAUCUAGUUUUACUCUGAACGUCACCGAAUGGAUGUGCACACACACCACAACAAGCUUGUUCGGCAGGCUUGCUCCUUCUACAUUUUCAAUUAAUGAAUGCACCGUUAGUUCUCUUAUUAACCUCCAUGACGGCACCAGAAGUGGAUCCUGGGAGAUUUAUGAAGUAUGAAAAUGCAAAACCUCCACAUGCUGCAUGAGUGAAGGGAAGAAAGGGUCGAGAGGGGAGACAGGAAACACUGACUUGCACGACUCAACCUGUGUUUGGUUUAAUAUAGAAAAAAGAGCGACAAACCACCUGGUGUUCAAUAAAUAAUAAUAAUAAUAAAUGUUACAUAAUAAAUAUCUACUGCAGUUUUAUGGCCUGUGUUAACUUAAGUGUGUGUGCGUGUGAGUGUGUGUGUGUGUGUGCAAGUGAAAUGGACCGGGGUGAGGGAUGUACUAUAAUGUUGAAAAUAAGUCACGUAUAGCCAUGAAGUGAUCCGUGUACCAAAUCACACUGAAGAUCUGAAGCUGGCAUGCUGCAGGUGUUGAUCAUACUUCCAAUGAAUUGUUUGUAGAAAUAAAAUUCCAUGAAAGAUGAGGAAAUCGUUGGCA